UUCCUGCCAAUUCCCCACUAAGACCAGUCAAUUCCCUCACCGGCUUUCCACCUACCUACCUACCUACAGUCCUACACUCCUUCGGCCUGCCUGUGCCCCUCGCCAUUCUUCUCCUUCGCGGAUCCCUCGGUCGUCAUUGCCCAUUGAGACUGAGACACGCCGACCUUCGUCACUGAUGGGGGCAUCGCCAACCUAGCGACCUUCCUCCUUUCUUCGCCUUAUCGCCCUCUUAUAUCGUUCCUCUCCCGCCCUCCCCCGACCAGCCAUCGCCGACUAUGGGAGUCUCCCCGUCCGGCAACCAUCAUCGACGGCGGAGCUCAGUGCUGGCGGGCACCUCACAAGCCGCUCCUAUCGAACACCGGGAAGACAGUUCGAGGAUAACUGGGGACGUUGCAGGUCCGAAAAAGGAAGAACCCAAGUCCUCACCGGCUGAGGACGCAGACCUCUCGGAUCUUUCGUCUAUCGCAGAAAGCUUGGAGAUGGAUUACAUGAGUUCGGAUGACGAUCUCCACGAUGACGAAGAAACGGGCCUCACCGCGAAGCAGAGACGCCAAAGGCGCCGCAGAAGACAGCAGCGGAGGCAGUUGGAUGCCCGCAUCGCCGAUGUCAAGGCCUCGCGACAAGAUGCUAUACCACUAGGAUUGGGAGACCGUGAGGUCUUCAAGAGAUUAUCAAUCAAUGCUGGCUUGAUCCUGAUGUGGUAUUUCUUCUCGCUGUCAAUUUCAAUCUACAACAAGUGGAUGUUUUCUGACGACGAUGUCGUGUUUCCCUUUCCUCUCUUCACAACCAGUCUGCAUAUGGCUGUCCAAUUUACCUUCUCAUCCCUAAUCCUCUGGCUAAUCCCAUCUCUGCGCCCCAAGGCGCCCAUUGCACCCACUCCUUCCGGAUCGCCCGUGAGCGAGCAUGAGGCGUUCGAACCCCAGCCGAUUAUCACCAAGUUCUUCUAUCUUACGCGUCUCGUUCCUUGCGGUACAGCGACCUCCCUCGAUGUUGGUCUGGGGAACAUGUCCUUGAAGUUUAUCUCGCUUACUUUCCUCACCAUGUGCAAAUCCUCCGCCUUAGCAUUUGUGCUUCUGUUUGCCUUUGUUUUCCGCCUCGAGACCCCGUCCGUCAAGUUGAUUGUGGUUAUUGCCACCAUGACUGUGGGUGUCGUGAUGAUGGUCGCAGGCGAGACCGCAUUCAAUGCGGUUGGAUUUAUCCUUGUCAUUGCAUCAGCGUUCUUUUCGGGCUUCCGAUGGGGCCUCACUCAAAUUCUCCUUCUCCGCCAUCCAGCGACCGCGAAUCCGUUUUCGACCCUUUUCUUCCUGACGCCCGUGAUGUUUAUCUCGUUGAUUGUCAUUGCGUUGGCGAUAGAAGGCCCCCUGGAAAUUAUUGCUGGCUUCCAGGCUCUGGCAGAUGCCCGUGGCGGCAUGUUUGCUGUUUUUCUCCUGAUCUUCCCCGGCAUCCUGGCUUUCUGCAUGAUUUCCUCUGAGUUUGCGCUCCUCAAGCGCUCCUCGGUCGUGACGCUGAGCAUUUGCGGCAUUUUCAAGGAGGUCGUCACCAUCAGUGCCGCUGGGGUCAUCUUCCACGACCAGCUCACCGUGGUCAAUAUCACGGGCUUGGUGGUUACCAUCGGCAGCAUCGCUUCGUACAACUACAUGAAGAUCGCCAAAAUGCGCUCCGAUGCGCAGAAGGGUGCAUGGACACGGAGCCCGAAUCUGGACUCGGAUUACGAUUCGGAUCCUACCGGGGAACGCGGAGAAUAUCAGCGGAUCCGUAACCCGGAAGCGAGCAUGUUCCAUGCUCCCGACGUCCAUGUUGACGAGGACAAUGUGAAUAUUACCCCCGAUGAUGACUUGACCGCUGGCGGUCGGCGCUCAUUCCGUGUUCGUGCCAGCGGAGCUAGCAACGCGCUCGGGCUUAGUAUCAACACGACCAACCUAGGCGACCAUGAUAAAACUCUCUCUCCGCGGGUGUCCGGCCCCUCGCCGAUGAAAUCUGCGCCUCCGGUAAUUACGUCCAUCGAAGCUGAGCUUAACCGGACGGGCCAGGGCCCUAGCUAUGGGAGCAACCUCCAGACCUCCCCCGAACGGGGAUUGCAAGGGCAAGGGCGUUCAGCGACUUAGAGAUCAUAGAUAUCAUCUUUGGGCUUGAUGUUUUCUCCACCUUGGCUCCCGGAACCACUGGAAUGGUUCA